AUGGCAGUAUCAUGGACAUGGAAUGUGAUUUCCGCAGAUGUAGCAGAUAGCAUUCUCUAUGAUUCAUCUGCUUUUGAGAUAUGGAAAAACUUGGAGGAGCCCCACAAAACCUCCAUCUCUCUCGCACAUCCUACUCAAAAUAUGCCAAAAACAUAUGCCUUGCACCCCCUCCGUAAGUGUACUCUAGUUUCAGUUCCAAAUGCUUCCCUCAGCACUAACAAAAAUAGCUCCAAAAUAUCAUGCUCAACAAUUCAUAAUAUGCAAAAGCCAAUCAAAACACACUAUUUAAACUCCAAUCCUGAUUGCAACGGACAAGAGUGA